CGCCGGACUGUCUUCAGAGCGGCACAGGCUAGCAGCUGCUACUAGCGGAAGAUAAACAGAGUGCUGUCAACAUGGCAGAGACACACAGCCUGCAGGACCUUGGGCAGCAGGCGGCUGUGGCUGCCAAGGUGUUCAUCCAGAGAGACUACACCAACGGCACCGUGUGCCAGUUCCAGACCAAGUUCCCCUCCGAGCUGGAGACGCGGAUCGACAAGACGCAGUUCGAGGAGACGGUACGCACGCUGAACAACCUCUACGCCGAGGCGGAGAAGCUGGGGGGGCAGUCGUACCUGGAGGGUUGUCUGGCCUGCCUCACCGCCUACACAGUGUUCCUCUGCAUGGAGACCCACUACGAGAAGGUCCUGAAGAAGAUUGCCAAGUACAUCCAGGAGCAGAACGACAAGAUCUACGCCCCGCGAGGCCUGCUGCUCACGGACCCCAUCGAGAGAGGACUGCGAGUUAUCGAGGUCACUCUCUUUGAAGACCGCAGCCUGGGCAGAUAGAGCCAGCCAUGGAACCCAGCGGGCGGGGAGCGCGUGUUUCUGGGGACCCGCUUCACACACACACACUUCUGGUGGCUUGUGAGGACUUUGUCGAAACACCACCCCGGACGACACCACCACCAAAACCACCGACACUCUUUACAACUGCGUACCAACAAUCUGCUCCCCAUGAACUAACGAUCUGACUCGUAUGUAUGUACAGUAUGAUUAUCGACCCUCUCCAUGUAUUUGCUACUCGUGUAUUAACUUAAGUCUUCUACUUUCCUCGGCCCGUGCAGAGAUUUGUUCUCCUCGUUAGAGAGGAGAGUGCGGCCUUCCUUGUGCGUGACGUAACCCUUCGUUCAUCCUCGUUCCACGGCUGGUUUUAUACUCUCUUCGGUAGCGUGCCGUGCGUGUUGUUGUCGUGACUACGGUGCGGUCCCGCCCUACUUCCUGUUCCGCCCUACCUCCUGUCCGUGAUGCAUGCUCCUCCUUCUUAUAUCUGCAGCACCUCCCACCCCCCCCCCCCCCCCCAGCGACGGUGAAUGUUGCCUUUGUGGUGCCCGGGCCGCGGUGCUGUGGGGGGGGUCCAGAGACCCUAGUCGUAGGUUUCUGUGUGCGGUGGGGGUCGUGGUGUGGCUCAGUGUCUCCUUCGUGGUUGAAGGGCUUUAGGGUAUGGUGACCUGAUAACGAGGGGUCGUGUCCUAAUGUACGGCUGGAUCUACCGGGGAAACCGGGAAUUUUGAUUGUGGUCCGAGGACCGAAGGUUCAGUAUAAACUUUAUUUACAGGACAAAAUGCACAGACAGAACUUUCCUCUGACGUUUCAUGUUAUUUAUAUCCUAAUGCUAAGGCUCUAAUGUAAAUCGUUCUACUUUUUAAUUUUUGUAUUUUUUUUAUGUUGAUUUUUCGUCCUUAAAUAAUUGGCUUAAUAAUUUAGUUGGAUAUAUUAAUUAUUAUUAUUGAUACUUUUUAUUCUGAUGUACGCCAAUUCAUUGAUUUAAGCAUUUUGUUUUUUUUGGUAAUUUCUUUUUCAAAUGCAACGGUUUUUCUUAAUCCCACAAUUGUAUGGUAAUAAAAAAAUAAGAAGA